AUGUUGCAUUCAGUAGUCACAGCAGCUUGCGGUUGUGUUGCGUGCCGAGCGCAGAGCAGCAGACAGAAAAGGCGAAGAAAAGCAGUAGAGCGAACGAUAAGAGAAGACGGUCGGAUUUUGAUACUCUUCUUGUGUGUGCGAUACAAAGUUGCUGCGAAAAAUAGAGAUCCCGUUUCGGGGACAUAACAAAAGCAACCGAAACUUGCGUCAUAUCACGGCUGGCAGCACCGGAUCAAUCCGGGUAGUGUUUUCCGGUGCCGAAAAGCGGUCCGGAAGCGAGAAAAAGCAGCAGCGAGACGGUAUUUGUGGCCGCGAUACAAGGAUAUUCCAGCAGCCGUCGGAAAGUGUGGAAGUUCUGGGUCAGGAGGAAAAAUGAAUCCAGCGUUGGACUACCGACGGAAAUAGAAAGGAUACAAUAUAUUGUGUAAGAGUGACUAAUUAGCAGACGGAAGCAGGAAGAAGCGAGGAUUUUCGAGAGGUAGAGCAGUAAGAAGCAGGAUAACCAAAAUGGCCAGCAGCAACCGCACGAUUCGUGUAUUCAGCCUGUUGGUGAUUUUUUGGCAACUGAAGGCACAAGUUCAAUCGGAACAGCCUCGACCGGAGUUGCAACAGCAGCAGCAACAUCAAACUGACCAGCUUGGUUUCGGGGCACAGGAGUUGUUUUCGUCGUCUGCGGCGCAGGAUUUGAUGGACGAAAUGUUACAGAGAGGCGAGGCGGUGGGCAGGGGUCCCGGAAUGUUGGACAAGACAAGUCCAGAGUUGGUGGGAAAUUUGGUUUUCCAGCCCAGUUUGCUGGAUUUCCUGGAACGCUCAAUCGGUGAUCCGCACAACCAGGUGGUAAUCCUGAUCAAUAAACAUAAGAGUCGAAGCGUAUUCCUGGGUUCAAUCUCCGGAAGCACGCCGGAUUUCUACAGUUCAUACUUCAAGGAAUCCGUAAUUCCGCCGGAGGGAAACACUACAUUCAACGUGGUGUUCCUUCCGCGACAGCUUGGAGCAACAGCCGGAUCGAUUGAGAUUCACACCUCGUUUGGGCUUCUCCAGUACCAGGUCAAAGGCGAAGGAAUUGCAUGUCCUUAUCGACUGAAACCAUUGGUGGGUCUCAAGGCACCUCUAAAUGCCACACUUACGCCGGAGAUAACCCUGUACAAUCCUCACGAUACUCCACUUCAGAUUGUGGAAAUCUACAGCAGCGGAGGGAACUUCCAGCUAGAAUUGCCCAGUGGCGCCCAAGAAGGUCCUCAAGCCCUAUGGGAAAUUCCUCCGCACAGUACCAGGAGCGUGAUCCGCGUCAGAUUUCACGGGAAAACUCCCGGUAAUCAUACGUCCUACGUGCGAAUAAAAAUAUCCGGCGGAAGUGAAGAGCCAACUCUUAUUGACAAGAUGUUGGUGGUUCCAAUCGAAAUCGAAAUCCGGAAGGAAACCGGUCUCUACACAAAGGUGCCCUUUUUGGAUAUCACAGCCGAUGGUGGCGGAAAAGAAAAUGUGACCAAGGUAAGCUGGAAUAUUACCAACUCUGGAGAACGCCCGGUCGUAUUCACAUCGUGGGGCGUUUUUUCCCAAGAAGACAAUAUCAAUGGUCUAGAAGUUCAUCUCAUUAAGAAACCUCCGUACAUGCUUCACCUCGAGAUUGAUUGGAGCAAAAUCUAUCCAGGCCAAAAAUCAAUAACGGGUAACAUUAUAGUAUCGUAUGCUUACCAAAUCUCUCGGCACGAUGAUUCAAACUACAUCGAAAUUCCCAUUUCGGUGCAAAUUCUCCGAGGAAGUCUAAAGUACGAACCGGACGUUUUGAAAUUUCUCACAUUCGAUGAUGGCCAGCAGUCGAGUCGAAACAUGCAACUUCAAACCCCAAGACGUCUGGUGAUACGGAACGGCUUCAACGUGCCAUUAGCUAUUUCCAACCUCACUAUACCGGAAAAUUGCUCCAGAAAUUUUCGAAUCGAAGCAUUCCGGCCCAAGAUCCUGCAGCCAGAUCAGGAGGAAACGCUCCUCCGGAUAUCGCGCAUUCUCACCGACAACCUGAACCGGUCCAUCUCGACCUUCAUCCGCCUGGCGACGAACGUCUCCGAUUACGAUCUCCCCAUCCACAGCUACACUGGGAAGCUGAAACGGAUUCUCCCGUUUUCCACCACCACGCCUCGACCUCCGGCCGACUAUGAAAAGCUGGACCUGGACGAAAAACAGCUGAACUUUGGCAUCCUGCCAACGUCGACGAUUGGCGAAACGCUGAUUGCCUUCUACAAUCCGAAUCCGGUCGGGAUCGCCAUCCGGCACUGGAAGGGAGCCAUCACAUCCGAAGGCUCCGGCGCCCCGACCAUCACCGUGAUCCUGCGCGGUUGCGGGCCGCACUCCGGGGAAAAUCUCAUCCUUUGUCACACCAUUCAGCCGCACCACUGGAUCGUGUUCCAGGUCAGCGUGCAAUCGAGCACGACCGAUAGCUAUCGGGGGCGGUUCAGCAUCAGCACCGACUUCGAGGAGCUAGUGACCCCGAUCAGCUUUACCACGGCCGUCGGACGGCUGGAGCUUAAUCGGGAACUGUUGCGGUUCGACGAUUGCUUCCCGGGAAAAGUUUGCUCCUUGAACCUGACGGCACAUUCAACGUUCCUAUCGAAGAUCCACGUCCAGGGCAUCAAGACCGAUGUAGACGGCAUCGAGUUUAUUCCGGCGGUCGACAGUCGGCAUCCACCGGUGAUCCAUCCCAACACGGUGACCACCGUCGGCCGGUUGCUGUUCGAUCCCAAAGCCAUCUGCAAACUGGACUGCUACAGUAGCUUCGAUCUGCUCUCCAAACCGUUCGGGGUCAAGUGGAUGGCCACGCUGGACAGUUACGAGCAGUAUCGGAAGUUGGACGGGGAGAAAAUUGGACAGCAGUUGAAACUGUAUUCGGAGAUGAGCAAUUCGUGGAAGAGCAUUCGGUUCCAGCUGAUUACGGACCCGAUUCGGAAGUUUGAGUUCAACGCGUCGGUAGACCUGGUGUGGCCAAAGCUUCUGACGGAGAAUAUCCACUUCCCGAUGAUGCAUACAGAUACGGAGGCGAUAAGACUUAUAACAAUUGACAAUCCGUCGGAUCAGAUUCUGUUCGUGCACUUGGUGCUGCACGACGUGAAAGUUCACGGGAAGGACACCAGCGGAUUUCCUGCGGAGAUACUGUCCAAGUGCGACAACUGUAGCUUGACUGAGGAGAAUGUGUUUUCGUUCUUUUUGUUCGAGCAUGAUGAUAUCUACGUCAACUAUGUGAAACCCAGGUCGAUUUUGAAGAUAGCUGUUAGAUUUAGGACCCAAGUGCCAGGGACUUACUCGACCAUUUUCUACAUGCGUAACAACCUUACGUUGAUCGAAGCGGUUUGGGUCCAGGCCAGAGCCGUAAUACCGCAGUUCAAGUUCGGGAACCGAAAGCCUGGUUCUCCGACGGCGCUGCAGUUUGAAAUCACCGAUAAGCACCUGAAGUCGUGUUCAAAGUUCGAGGAACCGGGAGUUGAUCCGGUGGCGAUCCAAACGAAGCGAUCCUUUACGGCACGAAACUACGGAGAGAUUGAUAUUAAGGUUGCGGGCAUCCGGGUGGAGGAUAUCCUUUGCGAAGGCUAUGGGUUCAAGGUGCUAGACUGUGCCCCAUUCGUACUGGAACCAAAUUCCAGCAAAAAGAUUGAAAUUGCGUUCUCUCCGGACUUCACGCUGGCAAGGGUGACCAGGACGCUCAUUUUUGACACUGAUACAAACUUCCCUGUCAAUUUUACCCUACUGGGAACGGUACCUGCGCAUGGGCUUGAAUCCUGCAGCUCGAGCUUGAUCCGGCCAAAGUUCGAGUCCAUUUUAAGGAUCAUCCUGAUCUGUUUGCUUUCGUUGGCCCUGGUUGGAACAUUGAUGGCCGCAUUCCUGGAUGCAAAUAAAGUCAUCAAGGAUCACUUUUUCAGUCAGUCAAGAGAUAGGGGUCCCAUCCAACCGCCUCUGGAUCUGCGACAAAUUGCACUGCAGAGUCCGUCAUCUACCGAAGAAGUCCCUGCAGACAAGGGUUCGACUAAUCCGAACAACGCCCGGAACAACCAGAACCAAAGCGCAAAGAAGAAGCCUCCGCCCAAACAGCCCAGUUCUAAAGCAUCCAAUGGAAGUGCUUUCAACAGGACGUGGAAUGAUUUCACCUCAAAGCUUGGAAGAGGAUUUAUAUCCAAGUCUUCUGAGACGGUGUCCAGCAAAACCUCGCCGGAAACUGAUAAACGGACUCAGAAAAACCGACGUUCCAUUACUCCUCCCAAGGAGCACACUCCGCCCACAACUCCUCCCACCGCACCAAACAGCACCAAAGACCGCAACAAAACUACAGUCGACGAAGAUUGCAGCUCAACUACAACGGAAAGCUCAGAGACAUCGUCGUCCUCCACGGCGUCCUCCCUGUCGUCAAUUUCGGCUUCGUACAAAACGCCUCCAACCAAAUCAUUUAACCACUCCACCAAUCAUCAUCAACAUCACGCUUCGAGUAGUAGAACUCCGCCCAGUGAAACCAAAUCGGAUUCCAGCUCAAUCGCCAGCAUCAGCAACCAUAGCUUCAACAACAACAACAACGGUAACCAUCAUCAGCAACACUAUCAACAACAGCAAUCAUCAAAGAUGGCGACGGCUACGGUAUCGCCUACUUCGUCGCACCAAUCUGCAACAGUCGCUACCAACAGCAAAAUGAACGUUAAAAAGACCAAGAGCCUUCCCCUCGGAUACGAGUCCAUCGGUGGCGUUUCUCUGUCCCUCGGAACAUCGAUUGUCGCACCGUCACCGCCGCAGCAGAACGUGAAAUCCACGUCGACGUCG